AACGCAUUUGCGAACGUGACGGGCGCUGAUCUGAGAGAAAGGAUAAAAGAAUUGAUAUAAGAUAAAACAGAUAAAUCAAUUUUGAGAGCAAUGGCAGGAAUUAAUUGCACAAUUUCAACAAGUUCGCGUCAAUUAUUGCGGCUAUAUAUGAAAGGAUUCACAUGCCCGUUUUCAUCUAAAAGCACAAAUGAAGUCGACGAGAGUCCGAGAUUACAUGAAUUCAGGAAAAAAUUGCGCGAACGUGCUCCUAUAGAGAAAUUGGACGAAUUGGAGGAGGACAAGCAUCCUUAUCAAGAGAAAGAACCUUUGAAACCAUUCCCGAACAACACAAAUCCGGAAACUGGUGAAGUCGGAGGUCCCCGUGGACCAGAACCGACUCGUUACGGCGAUUGGGAAAGAAAAGGUCGUGUAUCGGACUUCUAAAUCAUCCUCGUUUGAGACUAGCGCAAUCCAUUUAAUAACAGUUAAAAAUUGUCAUCAAAAUAUUCAUAUUUAAAACUUAAAACAAUUCUGCUUUGAAAUACAAUAUUAUAUAAUUAAAC